AUGCCUUUUGCUCAGCUAGUUAUUGGUCCACCUGGAAGUGGGAAAACAACAUAUUGUCAUGGUAUGCAUCUAUUCCUUGCUGCUCUUGGAAGGAAGUCUUCUGUAGUAAAUCUAGACCCUGCAAAUGAUCAUGUUUUAUAUCCUUGUGCUUUGGAUAUACGACAUCUGAUAUCAGUGAACGAAAUUAUGGAAAAAACGGGUCUAGGGCCUAAUGGAGCAGUUAUUUAUGCGCUGGAAACUUUAGAAAAUAACUUUGAUUGGCUAAAGGAAGGUCUUGAGUCUUUGGGGGACGAUUAUAUUCUUUUUGACUGUCCUGGUCAAGUGGAACUUUUUACUCAUCAUGGUUCUUUACGAGAAAUUGUUUCUAAAUUAGAAAAAAUGAAGUAUAGAUUGGUAGUAGUACAUCUUGUAGAUGCACAUUAUUGCACUGAUCCUUCGAAAUAUAUAAGUGUUCUUAUGCUGAGCUUACGUAGCAUGUUGCAAAUGGAUCUUCCUCAUGUGAAUGUUUUAAGUAAAAUUGAUUUAAUAGGAAUGUAUGGUGAAUUAUUAUUUAACUUGGAUUUUUAUACUGAAGUUCAAGAUUUGUCUCAUUUAUUACCUUAUUUAGAAAAUGAUUCGAGGCUAUCGUCAUUUACUUCUUUAAAUGCUUCUAUUUGUGAUAUGAUUGAAAGUUUUGGUUUAGUAGCAUUUGAAACUUUAUGUAUAGAAGAUAAAAUUUCUAUGACAAAAUUGUUGUCAGUAAUAGAUAGGGCUAAUGGAUAUGUUUAUGGUACUUCAGAAGUUGCUCACGAUAGUCUGUUUAGUGUAGCUGUGCGACAAGGAUGGAAUUAUGAGGGAAAUGUACAUGAUGUUCAAGAACGUUGGAUUACGAAUAAAAAACAGUAUGAUGAACAUGAAACCAAGCAAUGGAUGGAAGAAGCCACUUCUAUUAAUAUUCACGAAAGAAUAGAAUAA